ACUGUAUCCAUGUACAUAAAUAACUGUAAAUGUGUAUAUAUAUUUAAACAUGUACACUAUUACGAUGAGCUGAAUUUGGGAUUGCCAACGCUGCUUUCUAAGUGAAGGCGAAAGGAACAUAUUAUUUUGAAGAAAUCAAGUGCAUCUCAGGCUCCAGUUUAAACUAUUGGAAUAUACAGAUCAUCGCUACACAAGGAGAAGACGAAUGUCCUAUGUGUAAAUAAAAAAUUAAUUAUCUCGCAAAAAAAGGACAUCUGCGCGUUUGUUAUUGAAUUUCAAAGUCGAUGUUGACAUACGAGUAUAUGCCUGCCCGCAACAGUGCCUAAGAGAGCCAAAGCUGAGCGAAAAUUUCGGGAGAAAAAUCACUAAAUAUAAUUUGAAGCACUUACAAUUGUUACAAAUAUAUGUAUGCAUAAAACCACAAGUGCUUAAGAAGCCAACUGCAUUGGGACUAGUUCGUGUAUAUGUGGUUUUGGAGUAGUUACCAAAAAAUAUGAUGAUAUGAAUAUUCUCAGUUUUCUUCAGAAAUGUAUAUGUCUAAUGUAUUUAAAUGGAAUAAAAAUUUUAUAGCUUCUCUGAAUAACUUAAUGGCGGUUAAAGUUUUAUAAGGCGCAAUUAUUUAUAUACCAAAGAUAUAUUACACAUAAUAAAAUAUAUAGGACCGGAAAUAAGGACACUGCGACUCGAAAUUAAAUGGUUUUUAUAAUUAAUUUUUGAUUUUCGAAAAUCUCGGGUUGGUAUUGGAAAAUACGACUCGUAGCACGGCAAAUCUGAGCGUCCGAUGUCGUCGUGUUUGAAAUUUUGUUAUUUCGAUUUAGUUUGUGUCCACUUGACAACUGGUGCCUAACUAACACAAUGGUCGAAAAAUGUUACUACGGUUAAGAAAAAAAAAAACAACAUCUUCAAGGAAAACAAAAAUAAGUUCACUAUCAUUCUUAUGCUUCCAAGCCUGGUUCAUAUCUGCUGCUCAUUCCAUUUUUAUCUUUCAGUUCCAAAAAUAUCACAACUCGCGCUGAGAUGUGGACAAAAGUUUAUAUAAGCGACUGCCGAAAUUUAAAACAGCUCAGUUAACAGUUCAGCAGCAACCAUCUGUGGCGUGAAAUGCAUUAAGGAAUUGAAUUGAAUUGAAAAAGAAGAAUUCACGUAAAAAACUCAAUACCAGCUACUGAGCGUUGACAACAACAACUGCACAGCUUCACAAUGUCAAUGACCGGCGCGCUGCUGUCGCUCAUUGCCAUACUUGGGGCAUUAUUGUUUCUUUUCUUACAACGCCGGUUCAAUUGCUGGCGGAGACUCGGCAUCGCGCACGACAAACCCAGCUGGCUGUUGGGCAAUUUGACGGAAGUACAUCGCACAUUAAGCUUCGGUGACAUCAGUCGUAACAUCUAUUUGAAGUACAAAGGCACUGGACCAUUUUGUGGCUUCUUUUUCUUCCUGCGUCCCGCGGUGGUGCUAUUGGAUAUUGGCUUAAUUAAAAAUGUGCUCAUUAAAGAUUUUACGAACUUUGCCGAUCGUGGGAUGUUCAAUAACGAGCGCGAUGAUCCGUUGACGGGACAUCUCUUCCUUUUGGAUGGACACAAAUGGCGCAGUUUGCGGGGCAAGCUCACAACCACCUUUUCGUCGGGUAAAAUGAAAUUCAUGUUUCCCACCAUCGUCGAGGUAACGCACAACUUGGUUGCGGUGUUGGGUAAGCAACUGCGCGAGGACAAUAUCGUCGAGUUGAAGGAGAUUUUGGCACGUUAUACUACCGACAUUAUAGGAAAAGUCGCCUUUGGCAUCGUGUGCAACUCACUGCGCAAUCCGGAGGCUGAAUUUCGCAUAAUGGGACGACGUGCGUUCAGUGAAGAGCGCCAUGGACCUGUGGUGAGUGGUUUUUUGCACAGUUUCCCCAGCUUGGCACGUCGUCUGCAUAUGCGUCAGAUACAUGAUGACGUGACGGAGUUCUUUAUGCGAAUCGUACGUGAGACCGUCGAAUAUCGCGAGCAGAAUAACAUCAAGUGUAAUGAUUUUAUGAGCAUCCUGAUCGAUUUGAGAAAUGAUAAGAAACUGCGCGAUGAGUUUGGCGAGGAGAAAUGUCUCACUAUUGAGGAGAUGGCAGCGCAGACGUUCGUAUUUUUCAUAGCUGGAUUUGAGACCUCUUCAACGACAAUGUCGUUUGCGUUGUACGAGUUGGCGUUACAGCCGCAGUUGCAGGCACGCUUGCGGCGUGAGGUGGUGGAAACAUUUGCCAAAUAUAAUAACGAAUUCCCUUAUGAGUGCCUGCAGGAGAUGCAGUACAUGGACCAAGUGGUGGCUGAGACUCAACGCAAGUAUACCGUUGUGCCGCAUCUUAAUCGUCAGGCAUUGAAUGACUACACAGUACCCGGCCAUCCGAAUUACGUAAUCAAGAAGGGCAUGGCGAUCAUCGUGCCUUCUGCUGGCAUACAUUAUGAUCCAGACAUUUAUCCGAACCCUGAACGUUGGGAUCCAGAACGAUUUACGCCGGCGAAGCGCGCACAACGUGAGACCGUUGAGUGGUUACCGUUUGGCGAGGGGCCGCGUAGCUGCAUUGGCCAACGAUUUGGUCGCAUGCAGAUACGCAUCGGCUUGGCACAUCUGUUGCGUAAAUAUCGUUUCAGCGUUUGUGAUAAAACUGAAAUACCGCUAAAAAUUAAUAUAAAAUCAUUCUUGCUGAACACCCUUAACGGUAUCUAUUUGAAGGUAGAGGAUUUGGACAAUUGAUUUGUAUAAAAAAUUUGUACA